CAUCGCCAUCUGCUUAGGUUGCUGCUUGAUGACCUGCCGCUCCUGCUGUUUCGAUUCACGAAAGACCAAACGCUACUCCACGACCGGAAAUUGGAAAAGCUGAUCUUUUGGGAGAAGAUCUCACUUCGCAUCAUGCGCACUUUCGCAGCUCAGCUCACUUCUUAUUUAUGUAAAACUAAACCUGGAUGGAAUGUGCAAUCUCGCAAUUUCUCGUCAUUCAAUGGAAAAGUUAAAGCAAAAAAAAAGAGCUCAUCUGGUCAUUGGGAUCUUCUAGUUGCAGAUGAGCUCUUCAUUGAGCAGGAUGCUGAAAGAAAGAUAGGGUGGUUAUUGAAGCUAAUCUUUGCCGGGACUGCAUCCGCUGUUGCUUACCAGUUCUUUCCCUACCUGGGAGAUAAUUUGAUGCAACAGUCUGUGUCACUUUUGCAUGUCAAGGAUCCACUGUUUAAGAGAAUGGGAGCAUCUAGAUUAGCUCGGUUUGCAAUAGAUGAUGAAAGGAGAAUGAAAAUAGUAGAGCUGGGUGGGGCUCAAGAGCUCUUAAAUAUGUUGGGCGCCGCUAAAGAUGACCGCACACGGAAGGAAGCUUUGAAGGCCCUUGCUGCACUCUCACACUCAGAUGAAGCUGUUAAAGCUUUGCACCGUGCUGGAGCAGUCUCGAUUAUUAGGUGUACCCCCGAUUCCUUGGAGGAUGCAGAAGUUGAGAAACACAAGUCGAGCAUGCUAAAGAGAUUCCGAGAUCUGAGAUAUGAUGUUUCAUCUUAAGAUGUAGUUAGAAUACCAGCCUUUGCCUAAAAAAAAAAAACAAUGCUUACAUGUUCAGGGAUCACUCUUUUUCUUUUUUCUUUUGGUAGAGAUGGGAAGAAUGGUUUUUAUCUCUGGAAUAUUCAUUCCUUCUAUAGGCUGAUAGUUUAAGAGAGAGAAACCAAUUUGUACUAUUAAUUUUACUUUAAAAUAUGCAAAUACUCCUGAAGGAAACACUUUUGGAGAAA